ACUGAGGUUCAUGUUCGCCGUCCACGCUGACAAAGAGUGACUUCAGAGCUGAUAAUACUGGCCUGAACUGUGAGAACAGCUGCUUGUUUCCAGCACUUAAACUUCUGUGCUUCACUGUAUUGAGUGUAUAUUCAGUAGUCAACGCUUUGAUCCUUGUGUUUGGCUGCUGGACAGCAACUGUGAGUCAUAGCUGAGAUGAUCCUGCAAAGGAAGAAGUCACAAUGCCUCAGGAGGCCUGGACUGCUCCUGUGCUGGUUCCUGCUCUGGAUGUCUCUGCAGCCACACUCUCCCCACCUGGCGUCAGCCGUCAACCUGCGGCGCUUCAUUGGCUGCGCCGUGCGGGAGUUCACCUUCCUGGCCAGGAAGCCUGGCUGCGGGGGGCUGCACAUCACCACGGACGCCUGCUGGGGGCGCUGUGAGACCUGGGAGAAGCCCGUCCUCGACCCUCCCUUCAUUGAGUCCUACCAGCGUGUUUGCACCUACAAUGAGACCCGUCUGGUGACUGUGAAACUGCCCAACUGCCUGCCAAACGUCGACGCCACGUACACCUACCCUGUGGCCCUGAGAUGUGACUGCGGCGUCUGUCUGACCAGCACCACUGAAUGUAUAACGUCUGUCUAACACAAGUCACAACAGGCAGGAUAUACUUUUUUAAAUUGUGCUUUUCAUCAUAAUCUACAGUUAUGUCAUAUAUCAUUAGUUGAGUGAAAUGUUCGAGGGUAAAUCAGGUUUUUCUGCCAUGUAUGGACAAUUAAAAAAAGAACAAGGUGAGAAGGCAGCUAAUAAAAGUCUUCUGCUCCUGCUAGCAGCUGAGAAAUGUAAUCAUUGCUCUGUUAUCUAAAUUUACUAGUUAGCACUGCUAAUCUUCAAAAUUCAAAAUAUAGGCUAUACUUAUUCUGCUGAUGUUUGUUUAUAAAAUAAAAUACUUGUUUGUUUUUUUUACACUGUUUGGAUUCAAA